AUGAGAACUUACGACGACACCUUCUCUGGCCAGAGAAUUUACCCCGGAAAGGGUAAGCUCUACAUCCGAGGAGACAGCAAAGUUUUCCGAUUCCAGAACGGAAAGUCCGAGUCGCUCUUCCUUCAGCGAAAGAACCCCCGCCGAAUCUCAUGGACCGUUCUCUUCCGCCGACAACACCGAAAGGGUAUCUCUGAGGAAGUCGCCAAGAAGCGCACGCGCCGCACCGUCAAGUCCCAGCGUGCCAUCGUCGGUGCCUCUCUCGAUGUGAUCAAGGAGAAGCGAACGAUGCGACCCGAGGCUCGUAACGCCGCCCGCGCCGCAGCCAUCAAGGAGUCCAAGGAGAAGAAGGCCGCCGCUGCCGCCGCCAAGAAGUCCGAUAAGGCCAAGAGCGCCACUGCUACCAAGGGCCAGACCCAACGUAUCGUCGGCAAGCAAGGAGCUCGCGGUGCUCAACCCAAGGUCCAGGCCAAGACCCGUUAA